AUGUCCUCUUCUUCAGCCGGAGAAGUGACGAGAGCAAAUGACAUCAAGAGGGAAAAUGUGAAGGAGGCGGACAAGCGGGAGUGCAUCAAGCUCGUGGCGCUGGAGGCGGCCGAAUUGUCCAUGGAGCGAGCGGCGCCCAACGCGGACGCGGUGCGCACGGAGCUGCUGGUGAGCGCCGCCUCCUCGUUGGCCUUCUCCCCGGAGCAAGUGGCGUGCGUGUGCGAGGCUCUGCAGCAGGGGGGCAACGUGGACCGCCUGGCCCGCUUCCUUUGGUCCCUUCCCCAGAGCGACCUGCUGCGCGGCAACGAAAGCAUCCUGAAAGCGCAAGCACUCGUCGCUUUCCACCAGGCUCGCUACCAGGAGCUCUACAGUAUUCUGGAGAACCACAGCUUCGGCCCGUCCAACCACACCUUCCUGCAGGAUCUGUGGUACAAGGCCCGCUACACAGAGGCGGAGAAGGCGCGGGGGAGACCCCUGGGCGCCGUGGACAAGUACAGGAUCCGGAGAAAAUACCCUCUCCCCAGGACUAUCUGGGACGGCGAGGAGACGGUGUACUGCUUCAAGGAGAGGUCUCGGAACGCACUGAAGGAUCUGUACAACCAGAACCGCUACCCAUCUCCGGCCGAGAAGCGCAAUCUCGCCAAGAUUACGGGACUCUCUUUGACCCAGGUCAGCAACUGGUUCAAGAACAGGAGGCAGAGGGACAGAAACCCGUCCGAGGCUCAGUCCAAAAGUGAAUCUGAUGGAAACCACAGCACAGAAGACGAAUCCACCAAAGGUCAAGAAGAAUUGUCACCAAGGCCUCUUUCAAACUCCUCCGACGGCGUAAUCACUCACGGGACACUCCCGAUUCAAACGGGGUCUUUGGAUGGCGGGGUGGUCAUCCAGCAAAUCGGGGACAUCAAAAUGCCUUCUGGUUCCAACAGCGGGGGACUCUACAACGGAAGCUUGCUCAGUAACAGCGCCUCGUCGGCGACGUUUCACAAUGGCGGCUCGUCUUACCUCCACUCACCUGGGAACAUCCUCUUCAACGGGCUCAAUUUGGGCAUCCAGCCUCUGGCGUUCAACUCUCUGAGGCCGUCCGGAGGGGUGCUGUUGGGCGGCUCUGGGGCAGACAUGCAGGAGAAAGGACUAGGAGGCUCUGCUGAGGACUCUUCUCUGCAGUACGCCUCCUCCUAUUCGGGCUGUGCGAACGGAGGGCAAGUGAAGCUGGAAGGGGUUCAAACCAUCGCAGCCCAGAACGGAGGCUCCUCCGUGCUGACCUUCAGCUCCUCGCUGGGCGGUUACAGCCUAGUGCAGGUACCUAGCGGAGUGUCUGAGGGCGAUGGAGGUUCGCUGCUCAACAGCGAUGUUGGCCUCCCUCCCUUGCAGCUCUCUUCUUCGUCUUCUUCCUCCUCAAUCACACAAGGUACAAUAGCUCUGAACGACGUGGCGGUGAGCUCCUCCAGCGAUGACUCCUUUCAGCAGCAGGACAAGCUGACGAUGACUUCCCUGCACCAUAGCACUGUUCUCUACAGUAUGAGCAACAUGAACCAGCCCAUCAAGAAGGAACCUCCGGAGGGAGGCGUCUACUCCACGUACCACCACGGGCUCCACUUGGACCCGAGUGGGCAGAUGGGCUACUCCGACCCCGGUUCUGAAGAGGCGCCAUCCAGCCAAGUCCCGGUAUCCGCCAGCGCCGCCAGCCCUGAGGUUUACACCACGCUUAGCGUCAGCACGCCGGCUGGUCACCACCUCCAGCCCGGCGAAUACCGGCCCUCUCAUCUGAUGGGCCACUGCAUUGACAAUGACUACAUGAGCCUAGCAGAGAACAAGGCAGACAGCACGGGGCCGGCGGGCGUGAGUGACAUGGUGCGGGCCAUGUGUGGCGACAUGGAUCCUGUUGAGGGGAAGGAGCUCGCCAAACUACAGACGGUGCAGAUGGAUGAAGACAUGGCUGACCUUUAA